GCCACCUCAGUUGGCUGACAGGACCCUCCCACUCCCAGCAGAACACAACAUGAAUGCAGGAAGCUGCGGAGCCGGCUUCGGUCUAGACUCGAGGAUGUGGCUUCUGUGUGUCCUGCUGCUGUCACUGCUCUCCGCGGUGUCUGCGGGUGCGGACUCCAAGGCUGUCACCACAACACUCACGACCAAAUGGGCAGACACUCCUCUGCUGCUGGAGGCCAGCGAGUUCCUGGCAGAGGAGAGCCAGGACAAGUUCUGGGACUUUGUGGAGGCCAAUCAGUCCAUAGAGGGAGAGCAUGACGACACAGAUCAGGCCUACUAUGACCUAAUCAUAAAGAGAGCCAGCGCCCUGCUCAGCUCCGUCCAGGUGAACAUGCUGAAGUUCGCCCUCUCCCUGAGAGCCUACUCUUCAACAGUCCACUCCUUCCAGCAGAUAGCCUCCAAUGAGCCUCCUCCCUCUGGCUGCUCAGCAUUUUUCAGCGUCCAUGGAGAGAAGACGUGCGAUGCAGAAGGUUUAGAAGCACUGCUGAAAAGCGCUGCACAGAGGCCAAAGCCAUUUCUUUUCAAAGGUGAUCACAAGUACUCGGGAUCAAACCCAGACGCUCCUGUUGUCAUUCUGUACGCUGCGUUUGGGACGUCGGAUUUCCAGAGGCUUCAUGGAGUCAUAACCUCCAAAGUCUACGAAGGCCUGGCGACCUACGUGCUCCGCCAUUACCUGGCUAAACCGAGUGGAAGGAAAGUCUAUCUGUCCGGGUAUGGAGUAGAGCUAGCCAUCAAAAGCCAGGAGUACAAGGCAAAGGACGACACUCAAGUCCAAGGCGCGGAGGUGAAUGCUACAGUGAUCGGAGAGAACGACCCAGUGGACGAGGUCCAGGGCUUCCUUUUUGGCAAGCUGAAGACCCUUUAUCCAGAGCUGAAAGAACAGUUAAAGGAGCUGAGGAAACAUUUGGUAGAAAGCACAAAUGAAAUGGCCCCUCUGAAAGUGUGGCAAAUGCAAGAUCUGAGUUUCCAGACGGCAGCUCGCAUUCUUGCUGCUCCCGCUGCUGAAGCCCUCAACGUCAUGAGAGACCUCAGUCAGAACUUCCCGACAAAAGCCCGGUCCAUCACUAAGACUGUGGUCAACUCUGAGAUCCGCAAAGAGAUUGGAGAGAACCAGAAGUUUUUCAAAGGGACUCUGGGCCUGCAGCCUGGAGAUUCAGCUCUGUUCAUCAACGGGCUGCAUAUAGAUCUGGACACACAGGACAUCUUCAGUGUGUUUGAGGUGCUGCGCAGUGAGGCGAGGGUGAUGGAGGGUCUGCGCUCCCUGCACAUCGAGACCCCGUUCAUCCACGACAUCCUGAAGCUCAACGUCCAGCCCUCAGACUCCGACUAUGCUGUUGACAUCCGCAACUCUGCCAUCAGUUGGAUUAACAACUUGGAGACGGACCACAGGUACAGCUCGUGGCCGUAUAACGUACAGGAGCUGCUCAGGCCCACCUUCCCAGGAGUCAUCAGGCAGAUCCGCAAGAACUUCCACAAUCUGGUGAUCAUUCUGGACCCAACUCAGGAGAACGCUGUUGAGCUGCUGAGUGUUGCAGAGAUGUUUUAUUCUAACAACAUCCCACUCAGAAUCGGGCUGGUGUUUGUGGUGUCCAAUGAAGACGACGUAGACGGUAUGCAGGAUGCAGGCGUGGCGCUGGUUCGAGCUUACAACUACAUCAGCGAUGAGGUGGACAGUCAGAGUGCAUUUGAAGCCGUCAUCUCGAUGUUCAACCGGGUCUCCAUUGGUGGGAAGCUAAGUGUUGGGGAUGUGGUGAAAGUGCUGGAGAAGAGGUUCCCUUACGUGGAGGUCAGCAGCGUCCUCGGAGCCGACUCCAGCUACGACAGCAACAGGAAGGAGGGUCGGGCGUACUAUGAGCAGACAGGGGUGGGCCCGUUGCCUGUGGUCUUGUACAACGGCAUUCCGUACCAGCGGGAACAGCUGGACCCGGAUGAACUGGAGACGGUUACCAUGCAAAAGAUCCUGGAGACCACCUCGUUCUACCAGAGGGCCGUCUACCUGGGUGAACUGGCUACGGAUCAAGACGUCGUGGACUUCAUCAUGAGUCAGCCCAACGUCGUUCCCCGAAUCAACCCGAGAGUGCUCUCCACCAGCAGAACGUACCUGGACCUGUCUGACACCAACAAUCACUUCAUCGACGAUUACGCCCGCUUCUCGACUCUCGACAUCAAAGAGAAGAGCACCGCCGUGGCCAACAGCUUGAACUACAUGACCAAGAAAGAUGACGGUUACACCCGCCCUGUGACCUUCUGGGUGGUCGGAGACUUCGACAAACCCUCGGGACGUCAGCUGCUUUAUGACGCCAUCAGACACAUGAAAACCAGCAACAAUGUCCGCCUGGGGAUGAUCAACAACCCGUCAGACACUCCGUCCGAAGAGACGAGCCGCGUGGCCCGAGCAAUCUGGGCCGCCAUGCAGACUCAAUCUGCCAACAACGCCAAGAACUUCAUCACCAAGCUGGCUAAAGAAGAGACGGCUGCGGCUCUGGAGAAGGGAGUCGACAUCGGAGAGUUCGCUGUCGGGGGUAUGGAUGUGUCAUUGUUUAAGAGCGCCUAUGAGGGUCAUAAAUAUGACUUCCUGCUCUCCCACGCCGCCUACUGCCGAGAUGUGCUCAAACUGAAGAAAGGACAGAAAGCAGUCAUUAGCAACGGAAGAAUCAUUGGUCCUCUGGAGGAGGAGGAAGUGUUCAACCAGGAUGACUUCCUGCUCUUAGAGAGCAUCAUCCUGAAAACAUCCGGAGAGCGGAUUAAAGGCAAAGUCCUGCAGUUUGGAAUCGAGGACGACCGGGCCAGCGACCUGGUGAUGAAGGUGGAUGCUCUUCUCUCCUCCCAGCCCAAAGGAGAGGCACGGGUUGAAUAUGACUUUGCAGAUGAUCGCCACAGUGCUGUGAAGAUCCGGCCUAAAGAGGGCGACGUCUACUUUGAUGUCAUCGCCGUCGUUGAUCCUGUAACCCGAGACGCACAGAAACUAGCUCCUCUCCUCGUGGUUCUGAAGCAGCUGGUAAACCUCAACCUACGCGUCUUCAUGAACUGCCAAUCCAAACUGUCAGAGAUUCCCCUCAAGAGUUUUUACCGCCACGUCUUGGAGCCUGAGGUGUCCUUUCAGGUCGACGGUAGUUUUGCUCCGGGCCCCUUGGCUAAGUUCCUGGACAUGCCUCAGUCGCCCCUCUUCACCCUGAACCUCAACACCCCCGAGAGCUGGAUGGUGGAGUCUGUGCACACCCGCUACGACCUGGACAACAUCUACCUGGAGGAGGUGGAGAACAUCGUCGCGGCAGAGUACGAGUUGGAGCACCUCCUGUUGGAAGGUCAUUGUUUUGACGUGAGUUCGGGCCAGCCGCCGCGCGGACUCCAGUUCACCCUGGGUACCGCCUCCGAGCCGGUCAUCAUGGAUACAAUCGUCAUGGCGAACCUGGGUUACUUUCAGCUGAAGGCAGCUCCGGGCGCCUGGAUCCUCAAGCUGAGGAAAGGUCGCUCUGAUGAAAUCUACAAGAUUUACAGCCACGAUGGCACCGACUCUCCAGCAGACUCUGAUGACAUCGUAGUCGUGCUGAACAACUUCAAGAGCAGGAUCAUUAAAGUCAAGGUCCAGAAGAAACCGGACAAGUUUAACGAGGAGCUGCUGAGUGACGUCACCGAGGAAAGUGACGAUGGCUUCUGGAAAUCUCUGACCAGAGGGUUCACAGGUGGAGGAAAGUCAGAGGAGCAGAAGCAGGAGAAGGACGACGUCAUCAACAUCUUCUCUGUGGCCUCGGGGCAUCUGUACGAGAGGUUCCUGAGGAUUAUGAUGCUGUCAGUUCUGAAGAACACCAAGACUCCUGUCAAGUUCUGGUUCCUAAAGAAUUACCUGUCUCCCACUUUCAAGGAGUUUAUCCCCGACAUGGCGAAGCAGUAUGGCUUCCAGUACGAGCUGGUCCAGUACAAGUGGCCUCGCUGGCUACACCAACAGACCGAGAAGCAGAGGAUCAUCUGGGGCUACAAGAUCCUGUUCCUGGACGUGCUGUUUCCUCUCGCUGUCGACAAGAUCCUGUUUGUAGACGCAGACCAGAUUGUGAGAACAGACCUGAAGGAGCUGCGUGACUUCGAGUUAGACGGAGCUCCGUACGGCUACACUCCGUUCUGCGAGAGCCGGCGGGAGAUGGACGGCUACCGCUUCUGGAAGUCGGGCUACUGGGCGAGCCACCUGGCCGGCCGUAAAUACCACAUCAGUGCGCUGUACGUGGUCGACCUGAAAAAGUUCAGAAAAAUAGCUGCAGGAGAUCGACUCAGAGGACAGUACCAGGGGCUCAGCCAAGACCCCAACAGCCUCUCGAACCUGGACCAGGAUCUGCCCAACAACAUGAUCCACCAGGUGCCCAUCAAGUCUCUGCCUCAGGAGUGGCUGUGGUGCGAGACCUGGUGUGACGACAGCUCCAAGAGGAGCGCCAAGACGAUAGACCUGUGUAACAAUCCCAUGACCAAGGAGCCCAAGCUGCAGGCCGCGGAGAGGAUUGUGGCCGAGUGGGCCGAUUACGACCAAGAGAUUAAACGUCUGCAGACCAGAGUCCAGAAGGUAGCAGUACACACAGAGAAGCAGCAAAACGCAGACUCUCACACCGAGCUGUGAGGAUCGUUCAGUGUUCGACAUGAAGACAGGACUGAACUCUGUUUAAAGAGUCUUUCCAUGACAAGGAUCCUCUCCUGCCUGAGGAGAGGGACGGGGGGGGGGACUUCUGACACACUGACCCCCACACACCAGUGCUCAACUGUUUUCUGUCCUUUAGUCCCAUCUGAAGAGAAGUCCAAAAGCUGGUUUAUUCUGUAUGUGUGAGUGCCAGUGAUGAGAAUGUUUUCAUAAAUCAAGAAGUUUAAUUUUUACUUUAUUUUGGGUGUCGUUGUCUUUGCUCUGUAUGUCAUGUGGGUCUAUGUUUGCACUGAGUGGGGUGUCUUUGGUUCGGGCUGUGGUUGAAGCACAAAGGGAGGACGAGCUCAGAGCACCUCACUGCUGCUCCUCUGGAGGUUUUGAUCUUUACCAAACAUUUGGUGUUGGGAUGGAUUUCUGCACAGUCACCGUCAUAAAAUGAGAAUGAGGCUGUUAGGCUUUCCUAUGAGCUCGUAAAGGGGACAGGGGAACGUUUUUAAACGUCUUUUUUCAAGGGUUGAUAUGAAGAACUCGACUAAAAUAAAUUAAAUGCCAAAUUUCAGACAUAUGAACUCACACUGGAAACCCUGAUAGUGAUAAAUAUAUACAUAUAAACCCUUAUGUAUGUAUCUCACUAUGGUUUUAUGGCAUCAAAGUGCUGAUUUCCAAAAAAGAUGAUCCUUGUAAUUCUUUAAAUCUGAUACUGAAUAAAAAAAGAAUUAACAAAGAUUAGUUUUUUAAAUCUUCUUGGUAGAAUUCUGAAUUUCCACAGCAGACCAACAUAACGUGUUUUGCAAAGUCAAACUUCAGAUAUAUCAUAAAUCAAAGGGUCUGGAAAUGAAGGUCAAGCUUAUUCAUUCAGAUCCCGUUUCUAUGGCGAUGGGGAUCCCAUAGUUUAAGAAUCAUUUAAAACUUUAGGAGAUGUUCAGUGUUUGUUUACAAAGCUAAACUUUCUCUCGCUCUACAUCUAGAACUGAAAGGCAACACUGAUAAUGUCCCGUCUGGUAUUUGAAAUAAAAAAUGAAAGAUACUCGGGCGGCAGAGACUCACAGAAUCGUUUGGGUUUUUUUAGUACAAAGUUUGAUUCAAGAGACGAGGGGACAGUUUGUGGUACUGUAAGGGAAGAUCAGCCAUGAUGACUUUGGACUUCAGCUGCAAAAUUAUUUGUUUGUGUUGUUUGUGUCUGGUUCUGUUGUGGCUGUGAGAUAUUUUUGUUAAAUAAAAACCCUCCAAUGAUAAA